AUCACAUGACAUUUCAAUCCGAGGGAAAAUUUGAAAGUUGAAAAAUAAAGUUUACAAUAAUCAAGCUAAAAUUCAAUUUCAUAUUCCAAAAUAUAAAAAUUCAUUUUCAGAAUCAUUCGUACAUUUAAAAAAAUCGUAUUAUGCGUUUGCGAAUGCAAUAAAUUUAAAAAUGGCAACAACCAAAUGUCCCGGCACGGGAGUCAGAUGUCGCAGGCGCAACCAGGCAGGUUUGAAUACGUUCGGCAUUUCUGGUGAUACAGCGAUGAGUGAAAAGGAUUAUUUAACCUCUCUGCCCUCUUGGAAGGCUCUCCAGGAUUAUUAUAAUAAUAAUGGCAAAAAUUUGGUGAUAAAAAAAUUGUUGCAAGAGGACCCGAAACGAUUUGAAAAUUUCAGUUUAAAACUCUCCACACCUCAAGAUGGAGAUAUACUCAUUGACUAUUCAAAAAAUCGGGUGGACAGUCAGACAAUGCAGUUGCUGUUCAACUUGGCCAAAGAAACGAACGUUGAACAAAUGAGAAAUGCUAUGUUCAGUGGGCAGAAGAUCAAUUUCACAGAAGACAGGGCCGUAUUGCAUAUCGCGCUACGAAAUCGCUCUAACAGUCCGAUAAUAGUUGACGGCAAAGAUGUAAUGGCUGAUGUUAACAGUGUCCUGGACCAUAUGAAGUCGUUCACUCAUGACGUAUUGAGUGGCAACUGGAAAGGUUAUACUGGCAAACGAAUCACAGACGUAGUGAACAUUGGUAUCGGCGGUUCCGAUUUGGGACCGCUGAUGGUUACAGAAGCAUUGAAACCGUACAAUCAAGGCCUGACGCUUCACUUUGUUUCCAAUAUCGACGGUACCCAUUUAGCCGAGGUGCUGAAGAAGGUCUGUCCAGAAACGGUACUGUUUAUUAUAGCGUCCAAGACGUUUACCACCCAAGAAACCAUUACCAAUGCUACGUCUGCCAAGACUUGGUUCUUGGAUGCUGCUAAAGAUCCUUCUGUCGUAGCCAAGCACUUCGUUGCUUUAAGCACAAAUGAGCCUAAAGUAAAAGACUUUGGAAUUGAUACCGCUAACAUGUUCGGUUUCUGGGACUGGGUCGGAGGCAGAUACUCCCUGUGGUCCGCUAUUGGCCUCAGUAUUUGCCUUUCAGUUGGAUUUGAUAACUUUGUAAAACUUUUGGAAGGCGCACAUUGGAUGGACAAACACUUUACCAGCGCACCAUUGGAGAAGAACGCUCCCGUAAUUUUGGCCCUUCUGGGAGUUUGGUAUAAUGACUUCUUUGGCGCAGAAACUCAAGCUCUUUUGCCGUACGAUCAGUAUCUUCACAGGUUUGCUGCUUACUUCCAACAAGGAGACAUGGAGAGCAACGGGAAAUAUGUUACGCGAAGCGGGAAAAACGCCGAGUACCAAACGGGGCCUAUAGUAUGGGGAGAACCUGGUACCAAUGGACAACAUGCUUUUUACCAACUGAUCCAUCAAGGAACCAGAGUAAUUCCCUGCGACUUUCUCGCGCCGGCUCAGACACACAACCCAAUCCAAAAUGGCUUACAUCAUCAGAUCCUGUUAGCCAACUUUUUGGCUCAAACGGAAGCAUUGGCCAUGGGCAAAACUGCUGAGCAAGCUAGGUAUGAGAUUAAUUGUAAUAAUGGAAAUGUUCGCUGAUCUCUAAGUUUCGAUAUUUAUAUAGCCAUUUUAGAAAGUAUGAAAUUAUGAGUCUGUAGAAGGAGCUGAACCAUGAAAGCCUUUAUUUCUAUUGAAAAGUUUAAGCUACAUUUGGAUGAAUGGGUUAUUAUACCAACGUUUCUACUGCAUCUUUUAUUGGUCCAUGUAAUGGGUUCGAGCGCUAUUGUCGCUCAAAUACUAAGGAAAAUGCAACUGGCAAUCUGACAAAAUGGAAGGAAAAUGAAACCGAUAUUGAUAUUUAUAACCCAAAAUAAUGUUUGCAUCUAACAAGUGGUGGUUCGCUGUGUUACCAAAUGCUCAGCUAGUAAGAAAAGUUGAACUGUAGGUCAUUUUAAGUCGCAUCCAUGGACCCUAUUUACAAGGAGACACUGCGGCAAUGCUGCUCGAGCUGUAAAAAAGACCUCGAAACUUGAAGCCUGGACCACCAGUGGUGCUUGGUCAGGGUUGCCAUGUUGGGCGAUUUUCCCUCAAAUUUGGGAUUUGUCAGGCGACCCUGUAGCCGCCCAGUCAGGCGUUAAAUUUUGGGCUUGUUUUUCCCUCAGUUCGCCGGUUCUUCUGGUAUUUAGGCUCCACUUCUAUUUUAGCAUUUUACAUAACCACGAUUUUUUCAGGUUGCCAUUUGUAUUUUUCCCCGUAUAUCUGCGCGACAAUGGCUAAAAUCGGUAUCGAUAUUUUUUAGGGAGGAGUUGACAAAAUCGGGAAUGUCUGGUGAUAAAGUGGAAAAGAUAUUACCGCACAAAGUGUUCCAGGGCAAUAGACCUACCAAUAGCAUCGUUGUGAAAAAAGUAACGCCUUUUACAUUGGGCGCCCUCAUCGCGAUGUACGAGAUGAAAAUCUUCACCCAAGGUGUGGUCUGGGACAUAAACUCGUUUGACCAAUGGGGAGUCGAGCUGGGAAAACAGCUGGCGAAAGCAAUAGAGCCCGAAUUGAAAGACAAUACGCCCGUUUCUUCGCAUGACGGCUCGACUAACGGGCUCAUCAAUUUUAUCAAAUCCAGCAGAUAAAUCAUUUUUAUCAAAUCCAGCAGAUAAAUUGUUAUUUCUUUUUUGAUUUUAAUUGAAAUUUAAAGCUUUAUAUAUAAUGUGGUAUAUUAUGUUGAUUUGAAAUUUAUAUAUUAUGUUGUUUUGAUCAAAUAUAUUGAGGUGAUGAAAAUUUGCAAUAAACUGGAACAAAAGUAACAA